GGAGUUGACCAGCUCAGUUUGGAGUGUAAUGGAGGGCCUUUUCUUCAACGUCAAUAACGGCUUCCUUGAAGGCAUCGUGCGAGGCUACAAGGCUGGCAUCCUGACCCAGAAUCACUACGCCAGCCUGACGCAAUGCGAGACACUGGAAGACCUCAAAACUCAGCUUUCCGCAACCGACUAUGGUAACUUCCUCGCGAACGAGGCCUCGCCGACGACCACCAUAAUCUCGGAUCGGGCAACACAACUACUUGUCCACCAGUUCAAUUUCCUCCGCAGCAACGCUGUCGAGCCGCUCAGCAAAUUCCUUGAUUAUAUCACAUAUAGCUAUAUGAUCGACAACGUUGUUCUCCUGAUCACCGGUACCUUGCACGAACGAGACACGCACGAACUAUUGGAGCGGUGCCAUCCACUCGGCGUGUUCGAGUCGAUGCCCGCACUUUGUGUCGCGACCAACGUUGAGGAACUGUAUCAGAGUGUACUCGUAGAGACACCCCUUGCCCCAUACUUCCGAAAUUGUCUCUCCGCGGCAGACCUCGACGAUCUCAACAUCGAGAUCAUUCGGAAUACCAUUUAUAAAGCUUAUCUUGAAGACUUCUACGACUUCGUGGGUGCGCUUGGAUCACCAACGUCGGACGUGAUGCGCACUAUUCUGGCAUUUGAAGCUGACCGGCGGACAAUUAACAUCUCCAUCAAUUCAUUCGGCACCGAACUGACAAAGGAGCAACGCGCGAAGCUCUUCCCUGCCAUCGGCAGAUUAUUCCCUGAUGGGAACAAUGCUCUCGCCAAAGCAGACGAUAUAGAACAAGUCCGGCUAGUCUGCGAAAACAUCCCAGAAUACCGGUCCUUUUUUGACAACUCGCCUGGGGGCAGUCAAGAUUUAGGAGAACUAGGGAUAGCGGCGCAGUUGGAAGACCGGUUCUUCCGAACAGAAGUGCGCCUGAACAAGGAGGCGUUCCUGCAGCAAUUCCAAUACGGGGUGUUUUAUAGUUACGUGAAGUUGAAGGAGCAGGAGAUUCGUAACCUCACGUGGAUAGCGGAGUGUAUUGCUCAAGACGCGAGGGACAGGAUACAUGACUAUAUACCGAUCUUCUGAUAUUGCUUCCGCCGCUAUUUUGCAUAUCGUGUUGCGCCUUAUAAUCAUGUAAAGCUCCAACUCCUGGACCACAGACUAUGUAUCUCAGGCACAGGCACGAGUUUUCUGUUACUGUCAGCCUGAGAGCACCGAUGCGUGAGUUGCCAAAUACAUACACCGUCGCUUUGCCCAUCAUUCCCUGUCGAUUGCCUGUUGGUGGUAGUGACCAGCGCGAGUGUUGUCGUCGAACUAUGUCUGAGGCUGCUUAACAG